GCAUUAUUGCUUUCGCGUUCGCGGCUUUAUUCUUCUUUGUAGAGUCCAAGUCCACAACUGGUUUUCGCGUGUUGGUUCUACUAGAUGAAGAGAACGACAAGAAUUUAUUCACACAGUUUUUCCAUUCUUUAGAAGGUAACGCGAUUACAAACUUACUUAUAAUAAAUUGUCAAAUUCUGUCGAGUUAUUUUUCCUAUGGAGAGCGUGCUUUCGACCAUAUUAUCUAUUUUGCACCAAAAACUAAAGACAAAAAGGAUAAUAUAACUCCCAUCUCUCUCGUAAAUUUCGUAAAUGAUGGAGGCAACAUACUCUUGGCGGUAUCUUCAGAAUUAUCAGAAAAUAUUCGUAAUUUCGCCCGAGAGUUCGACAUUGAAUUUGACGAGCGAAAUACUUACGUGAUCGAUCAUUUUAAUUAUGAUGUUUCUGACAAUGGAAAGCAUACACUUUUAAUUUCAAAUAAUUUUGUUAAUAAUGAAGCAAUCUUGAGUAAAGAAGUAAUUGAAGGGGUUCCCGUACUAUUUCGAGGCAUAGGGCAUAAAGCGGGAACAGUACCAUUAUUAACAAAAAUCCUGUGGGCUAACGAUACUGCCUAUUCAAGUGAUUUUGAGUUAUUAGAACAGGAACCUCUAGCAAUUGGUAAUGAUGUUGGUCUUAUAUCAGCGUUACAAGCAAGAAAUAAUGCAAGAGUUACAUUCGUAGGAAGUCUGGAAUUUUUCAGUGAUCAGCAUUCCAAAUCUGGUAACAAGGCAUUGGUCAAUGAUUUAACAAAAUGGACCUUCCAAGAAAAAGGAAUUUUACGUACAACUUCACGAUCUCACCAUAAAGAAGGCGAAUAUGAACAAUUAGAAAUGUAUCGGAUAAAAGAUAAUAUUAUAUACAACAUAGAGAUCUCGGAGUAUGUUAAUGAUCAAUGGCAAGCAUUCAAUGGAGAUGAUAUUCAACUGGAAAUAAUUAUGCUUGACCCGUACAUUCGAAAGAAUCUUACAGCACUACCAAUAUUAGAAGGACAUCACGCUCGUAAAUACGAGUCGCUUAUUCAACUACCAGAUGUAUAUGGAGUAUUUACGUUUAAAGUGAACUAUAAGAGACCCGGUUAUACAUAUAUAGUUGAUACUAGUACAGUGGCUAUUAGACCUUUUAAACAUAAUGAAUACCCAAGAUUUAUAUCUGCAGCAUAUCCAUAUUAUACCGGAGCAGCUUCUAUGGGGGUUGGAUUCUUAUUAUUUUGUUUCGUUUGGAUUUUUAAUAAGGAUAAUGGAAAGUUAACGGCGAAUAAAAAAAAAACUAAUUAA